AUGAAACCACUUCCCUGGAUGAAUGUGGACCACUUGGAAGCUGUCCUCAAUCUGGAUCGAAGAGAUGCCACGGCUUUCCAGCCCCUGCCCUUCCACUACAUUGAGAUCGCACACUUUCUGUUCACUGCCGGCACCGACGAGGCGCUGGCCUCUGGGAUCUUUGGGGACAAUCUGACGCGAAUCAAGGACCUCGUGGAGUUGGUACAGAAGGCGAGAAUGGCCAAGGUGCUGGCCGGCCUGUCCACCCUCCAGGGAGCCAUGACGGUGAAGCUGAACAACCUGGCUGCCAUGGAGAUCAACGCAGUGCGCCCUUUCUUCUUGGGAGCACUCGACAUGUUCCAUGAGUACCAAAAGGACCCCGACGCUGACGCUGGGCAUGGGAACCGGGAUGAUCAGGGGACCUGGUAUGGCGAGGCCGCCCGGCGGACUCCGAAACUGCUGGAGCUCCCGCUGCCUGCCCUCUCCCUCAUCUUCGACAUCGCCAUAAAGAGGCAUCGCAUCGAGGCCCGGUUCCUGAAAUCGCCGGCGGUCCGAUCAUGGGAGAAGGAUCCCCGCAACACGCUGCCCCUCCUGUGCAAGUCCGCCCCGGCGGCCUGCCUGGCGGCGGGGCUGUGGCACGACCUCUCCAUCAACCUGUCCAGCAUCACGGCCUACCGCCGCCCCGUCUUUGAGGGCAUGAUCGCCGCCAGGCUGGGCACCGCGCGCGCGCUGGACGUCAGCCCCCCCGCCCGCGUGUCCUUUGGCAUCGGCACCUGGAACGCCUGGCUCCUGCCCCACCUCACCGCCUCGGCCGCGCCAGCCCUGCAGCGGCUCACGCUGUACUACCUGCGACCCGAGGACCUCAACAUCCCCCAGCUGCCGGGGUCGGUGGAGGCCCUGGCCCUGCGCUUCCAGGGCAGCGCGGCGGCUGACGAGGACAUGCUGCACCAGCUGUCCCGCCUCCCGCACCUGACGUCGCUGGACAUCAGGGUCACGUGGCCUGCGCUGCUGGCCGCCUUUGGGCCAGCAGCCGUGCCGGGGUCCUGGAGCCUCAUACGCAAACUCACGCUGCGCGUCGGCGAGCCCGCCCCGCCGGGCCUGGAUGCGGGCGAGGCGCUCCGGGGCCUCUCUGAAGCCUGCCCCCGCCUGGCCUCCCUGGCCCUCUUCCUCCCCGCCAUCCAGCUCCCCGCCUCCCUCGCCGGGCUGCAUGAGCUGCGCCGUCUGGCGCUGCACUCCCCGGAGGCGCUGGUGGAGGGCCUGGAGGCCCUCCACCAGUCCCCGCUCCUGCUGCUCUCGGUGGCGGGGGUGGCCCGACCCCCCGGCCUGUCCUCCUCCUUUCUUCGCCUGGAGCUGCCGGAGAGCAGGCUGCAGGAGGUCAUGGACCAGCUGGGGUCCCUGUGCAGCCUGCGCUGCCUUGCGCUGCGCGGCCGCAUAGCGUGGGACACGGGUCUCACACGCACGCUGCGCCCCGCCUGGCCGCGCCUGGCCGUCCUCCAGGUGGCCUGCCACUCGACAGUGGAUGUGCGCCUGCCCGCCGGCCUGCGGGUGCUGAGGGUGCAGGACACCGACGGCGAGCAGAUGAUGCCGGGCGGCAACUUUGGGGCCAAGGGACGCCUGGACCUGUGCCUGCCUACGAGCUUGCAGGCUCUGGACCUGGUGUCCAGCAGGCGGGGCGUGGAGUGGCAGGACAAAAGGAACCCCGGCACCCUGCGCCUCCUGGGCCUGGCCAGGCAUUGCAGGGUGCACCCAGAGCUCCCUGCAGUGGAGAGGGUGGUGCACAGCAGCCUCGAUUUCUGGGAGGGAGCGGCGUUGCUACCGGGGAUCCAGCUGUCGCCGGAUGAGCUGGCUGUGCUCAUGGACACUAGGGAGGAUGCGUAA